AUGGAGGCAUUACUUAUAGGGGAGAAGUGUACAAUUCAUUCGGACCAUAAGAGUUUGAAGUACCUCUUUACCCAAAAAGAGCUCAACCUUAGCCAGCGUAGGUGGGUGGAAUUAUUGAAGGAUUAUGAUUGUACAAUAGAAUACCACCUUAGCAAAGCGAAUGUGGUAGCCGACACAUUGAGUCGUAGGGUUAAGUCAGACUUGAGGGCUAUGCUCGCAUGUUUAAGUUUGUUGGAUGAUGGUAGCUUGUUAGCUAAGCUUAAAGUAAAACCGAUAUGGAUAAAGAGUAAGCAAUUGAUAGAUGGGACCUUGGGUGCUCGUCUUAGACAAGUGGAGAAUAGGGAGACAUCAUACUUUGGGAUAAACAGUGAAGGAGUGUUGUGUUUCCGUGAGAGAAUAUGUAUACCUAAGGACAAUGAUCUAAGACAAUCUAUUCCGCGGGAAGCACAUAGCAGCCUCUAUGCUAUGCAUCUUGGCACAAACAAGAUGUAUACCAUGUCAAGCUCACGUGGCAAGAAAACUACCGUUCCGCUUCGAAAAAAUGGAAAGGGGCGUCUUCCUCAGGCCCUACCGUGGAAAUUCGCCACCCAUACCUCCAAUUUCCACCCGACAAUCAGAAGGAACUAUUCCAAAUCCUAUGGGCCCGACCUUUAG